AUGCCGGAAGUCAUACAGGCGCUCCUCCAGACGAACGGACCAUUUUUGGCGCUUGUGUCUGGUCUACAAGGCGCUCUCGAUGCUUGUCCUGCCAUGCCUACCUUGACCCUGGAGACGUCAAUCGAAGACUGCCUCCGACGGCCCUCUCCUGGUGCCGCGGUUUGGGCUUUCGGCAGCACGCGCAUGUUUGUCAGUGGGGUCCUGUCGUUGGUGUCAUCGUCCCCUCGGUCUUUGUGCCAGGCGGUGGUCUCAGUGCUGGUGCGGUUUGUGGCCGGCGAUGGGUGCGACACCCUCGACGACUCGCUGGCGCUGGACGCGGAAGGCGAGGAGACGCAAGACCGGCGACGACGCUCGAGAUGCCUUUCGUGCUCCACUGCUCUGUCGGACAACGCAGCGGGUACCGAUGCCUCGGAGACGGAGAGGGCGCGACCACAAUGCUGCAACGCGCAAGAGAAGAGGGACCUAGUGCUGGAGAGCAUGCUGCGAUGGGCGGUGGAUGUUCAUUUCAGGCAGUGUUCUCGGCUACUUCAGGCGUCGGUGAAUCGAGCCGUGUGUCACGGCGUUCGGCAGGCGCUCGUGGCCGCGGAACUGUCAAGGAGACAGGCGUCUCCUCCGUCUUUUCCACUCGGGUGUCGGCUGCUGCUGUCCUUCGUUGGUGGGCUUGCGGGGGACGGCGGUGCUCAGAUUGCCGGUUUUCUUCGGGAACGGUGCGGGGCCGAAAUGCGGCGGUUUCUCACUCGGGGUCGGUGGCGGCCCCCAUCGGGAACAGCUAGAGGAAGGAGACAUGCCGAUGCUUGGACGGCCACGGGCAGGGGGGUGGCACGACGGCAACCGGAGUUACCCAUGCUGGACGCCUACGUGGGCCACCUCUGCCUGUGCCGACAUGUCAGCGACCCCUUGUCGGCGACGCAUUUGGUGUGGCUGGCUCGGCAAGCUCUUGCUGUGCUCCGCAUGCUGGACAUGCCGGAAGAAGGUGCGCCAGGAACGACCGCGGCACCCGAACGGCGACAAAACUCGAACUUCGAGGCUGUUCUGGCGUCUCUCUCGCACGCUCUCGCCUUGCUGCUGACGCGGCCGAAACGGGGCGGUGUUUGCAGCUCUAUCGUGCCUGAAACUGUGGGCAAUUUGCUCGAGAUCGUUUUCGACAGCGACCCCCGCCCGUUGUCGUGUGUGCCGCGGCCCCUGGCGGAGGCAGCCAUCGACGUGCUCAAAGAGGCGGGCCAUCUUCAGCUCGCCCGAUCGGACGAGCUCCUAAGACUGCCAUGGGGUUCGCGUCGAGGAGAACCGAACGCGGCGGGUCGCCGCGAAGAGUCAAAGCUAGGACCAGUCGCCGCUACCGUUACCGAAGAAGGCGCUUCUUUUGCGAGUGGCAUCGAUUUUCAGCGGGCGAGUCUCGCCUUUCGAAAUAGUUGGUCCCUCGCAGCCGCAGGGGUCGACAUGCAGCUUCCCUCGACAAACCACUCAGGCCGAAGCCGGAGGGGGGACGGCGGAGGGGAUUCCUCAGACAACACCGAUAGCAGCGACGACGACGACGACUCGGCUGAUGGAGACGUAGACGGCGCCAGAGCAAUCGCGGGAAACGGCUGGGGCCGCGUGCCGGACGAGGUGACCCUGCGCGUAUUUUCGUUCAUGACGCCGAAGCGAGUCUGCCGUCUCGCUUGCGUGGAUCGCGCUUGGAGAGAGCUGCUCACCGUGUCCGGUGUGUGGAGGCCCUUCUUCGAGGCACGCUGGCCCUUAACGGCGAUUGGAAGCGACCUGGAUCUGGUGGGAGUGUCGGACAGGCUCUUGGCCGAAGGUUUGGGCUCGGCGAGGAAGAAUGCGAAGCGUAGGAGAAGGCACGGGAAGAUCGGCGUUGUUCACUGGCGAACCUCUGAGGAUACCAGCGGGCAGCAGCAGCCUCUGCUAGAGCGAGAUUGGAUGGCGCUGUACCGAGAUCGGCAUAGGGCCGAAAGGGCGGCAAGAGGAAGGUUCGCCGCUAAGACCGAGUUUCCGUGGCUCGUGUGUCCAUUCCUGGGGUGCGUGUCCUCGCUCAAGUCCGAGUUUGCCGUGAAGCGCCACGUUCGGACUCACAAGCGGCCUCGGGAAAAACGACUGAUGGGCAAGAAGAAGGCGUGA